AUGAGGACUUUGGAAAUACAGAAAGUCAGCAACUUCCGGACAUGGAUCUCUCCUACUGGAGUCAUUUAUGCUGGAAAACUCGGCGAUGUGUUCUUGACGCCGAAAACAAACUUAGAAAGUUUUGACUUUGCUGAGUCUUGGCACUGGGAGAAUUCACAGGAGUUAUAUAAGUAUACCCGUGAGUUUCCUGAUGCCUUAGCUCAGUGCGUCGAUAUCAUCGAAAAACCUAAAGAAGAACAGAAAGAAGAAGAAGAAAAAAAGAAAGAAGAAGCA